AUGUCUGCCGCCGACUCCCCCGACGCGGUUCUCGCGCCCGUCGUCGAGAACCUCCCGCUCGUCUCGAAGCAGCCCAAGGAGGAAUCCAAGGCGCCCACGUCCGCCCUCGCUCAGCAGGUCCGCGCCCUCGCCGCUGGCGGCUUCGGUGGCAUUUGCGCCGUCGUCGUCGGCCACCCCUUUGAUCUCGUCAAGGUCCGCCUCCAGACCGCCGAGCGCGGUGUCUACUCGUCCGCUGUCGAUGUUGUCCGCAAGAGUAUCGCCCGCGAUGGUCUGCGACGAGGCCUCUACGCCGGUGUGAGCGCGCCGCUUGUUGGUGUUACUCCCAUGUUCGCCGUCUCCUUCUGGGGUUAUGAUCUCGGAAAGCAAAUCGUUCGCGGCGUCUCCGAAGUGCCCGCCGAGGGCCUCACAAUUGCCCAGAUCUCGACUGCCGGUUUCCUCUCCGCCAUCCCCAUGACCGCCAUCACCGCUCCCUUCGAACGCAUCAAGGUCAUCCUCCAGGUCCAGGGCCAGAAGCAGCUCGCCCCCGGCGAGAAGCCCAAGUACUCCGGCGCCCUCGACGUCGCCCGCCAGCUCUACCGUGAGGGUGGUUUGCGCUCCGUCUUCCGCGGUAGCACCGCCACCCUCGCCCGUGACGGACCUGGCUCUGCCGCCUACUUCGCCGCCUACGAAUACAUCAAGCGCUCCCUCACUCCCCUCGACCCGGCCACCGGCAAGCCCAGCGGCCAGAUCAGCCUUGGAGCCAUUACCUGCGCCGGUGCCGCCGCUGGUGUUGCCAUGUGGAUCCCCGUCUUCCCCAUCGACACCGUCAAGUCACGUCUGCAGACCGCCGAGGGCAACGUAUCCAUUGGUGGUGUCGUCCGCGAGCUCUACGGCAAGGGUGGCUACAAGGCCUUCUUCCCUGGCUUCGGUCCUGCUCUAGCCCGUGCUGUGCCCGCCAAUGCCGCCACCUUCCUCGGUGUCGAGCUGGCUCACCAGGCUAUGAACAAGGUGUUCAACUAA